ACUUCCAGCAAAGCCCAAUUCACCAAAUUUCCGGCCCAGUACAAUCCUGAUCCGGUCAUUUUAUUUUGUCACAACUCAUGAUCAAACAAUGCGACCAAGAGAUCCUCUUAAUUCUUAUCGUCUUGCUCUGUCUCUCCCUCCCCCUCUCCCAUGGUUGUGAUGGUGUCCCUUUCCAUGCUCUUCUCUUCUCCACUCAUCCAAAACCACCCCAAAACCCUCAGACCCAUCUGCUCUAAACCUUCAAACUCCAAUUCUGUCCUUAACUAUUCUCCUUCUGUCAAUAAAAUCCCUUCCUUGCACCAAUCCCAUUAUUCAAACCCACUACCUGACCACUCAUUACUGUUCCAGAACUCUUCCAUUCUUUAUACCCUAUCAAAGGCCUGUCUCUCUUUGACUACAUUUCAGCUCCUCCAGCCUCUCCCCGGCCUUGCCUCUGAAAUUGUUGGCUCUUCAACCGAUCAAGCUGCAAACAAAAUAGACUUGGAAUCAAUUUUGGUUUCUAUAGAUGACUUCUUCAACAGAAACCCAUUUUUUGUUGCUAGCUGUACUUUUAUUUGGCUGGUUGCUAUACCUCUAACGCAAGAGUACUUUAGUAAGUGUAAGUCUAUCGCUGCCAUUGAUGCAUUUCGGAAGCUAAGGGACGACCCAAAUGCGCAGCUUCUGGAUAUAAGGAACAGAAACACUAUGGUGUCCCUAAGAUCGCCCAAUUUGAAGAUUUUGAGUAAGAGUACGUUCCAAAUUGAGUUCAACGAGGAUGAUGAAGAUGGAUUUGUCAAGAAAGUACUACAAAAUUUGCCGGACCCGAAAAAUACCGUUAUCUGCAUUUUGGACAAUUUUGAUGGAAAUUCAAUGAGAGUGGCCAAGUUAUUAUUCAAUAAUGGUUUUAAAGAGGCCUAUGCAAUCCGGGGAGGAGUCCGAGGAAAGAAAGGGUGGUUGGCAAUACAAGAAACACUAUUACCCCCUUCUGUCCAUAUCUACCCCAAGAAGAAGGUUAAAAAGAUUUCCCAAUUGGAGAAAAAUGAGGAUAAGGAAGAAAUUUCCUCUUCUGAAGGUGUUUCAGCAGAUGAUGGCCAAAGAACAGAUAAUGGCCAUGUAAAGGUGUCAAAUACCGCCUCCCAAAUUGAAUUGGGUUCCAGAUCACUCUCUCCAUACCCAAAUUACCCAGAUUUGAAGCCUCCAUCUUCUCCAACUCCAUCAAAGCCAUGAAUCAGACGCUGACUUUGCAAACUGGCGCGGCCUUCUUUGCCAAAGUUUUCCUCCAUUUCAUUUUUGUGCGGCAGCUUUCUAUUCCUUCCCAUGCAGUGUAUUUGAUGAAUUGUUUUAUUGCCCAAUUUUGGUGAUCUUACCAUG